AUGAGCAGCAGAAUGGAAAAGGCGGCAAAUAAUGAGACAGAGGAACAUUCAUCACUGUCCUCUGGUGUUUACGUGAGCGAUGCAAAUCCGACGCCCCCACGGCAUCAAAAUCUGUUGGCUGCGCAUGAUGAAGCAUCAACAGAUAAUGUGCAGAGAAUAGCAGCGCAUGCUGAUCAUCGUACCAACUCUUCCAGUUCCGAUGCUGAUGCAGCCUUCGACUCCGAGCUGACAAAGGAAGCAGCUACGUGUACUACUGACGCUGGUUCUGGUCCCCGUAAAUGCACGCCGGUUACGAAUGUUUCCUCCAUAGAAGAAGAUGUGAAGAGUGCUGAACACGAUUCCUACUCCCAAGAGUCCCCACAUAUUCCAUGCACCAAAAUGGGAGCUAAGGUGCACACAGUUGUGGCAUGUGGCGCUGGAACAAGCCAAGAUCCAUUUCAAUAG